AUGGAGAGCCUGUGGGCCACACCCCAGGGGCUCAUCAAACAGCGAGAUGUGCGGAAGGACAACCCCGAGACCUUGCUGGGGCCUCUGGCCUGCACGACGGCCCACCACCCAAAAACAGGCCUACGCUGCAGCUUCGGCGGCGCGGCGGAGGUCAGAGCGUUGGACUCCCUUCAGUGGAACGACACCUCCUCGUGGGCCGCCAUCGACCAGCCGCUCCCUCCGGCCAUGGGGAUGCUGGCCGGCAUGGUGUACUCCCUUCCGGCCACCUUUGGUCAGGCCCUGCCCGUCAUUCCCUUCCAUCCGGCGGUGGUCGAGCAGGCGCGCACCGUCAUCGAUCAGCUGCCGGCCAUUGUCGCUGCCAACACCACCAACAGCGCGGCGGCCAGGCCGGUGUCCAUGUGCGCUCACAUACGACGGGGGGACUUGGCGUCCCGUCAGCCACCGAUCGCCAAGGUGGUGCUGGACAUUCUGCGCUUCAUGGCCUCCGUCGAGCCGCGCUAUCGAGUGGGCAAGCUGUUCCUCAUCCACAACGCCAACGCGUCGGAGGGCGAAGACUUGCAGAACGGCCUUCCGCCCGGCAUCCAGUUCAGCUGCGACAGCGAGAAAUGGGCCAUGUGCUCCUCGAGCACACUGCAGAUCGCGGUGGAGCAAGCCGCCUGUUCGAUGACCGAUCUCUUCCUCGGCUCCAGGGGCUCCUCCUUCAGCGACCUCAUUAAGGAGUAUCGGAUAGUGCUACACAACAAGACCCGGCGAAGUAACGGCUACACAGGCAUGACCGACAAACUCUACGAUGUGGAGGUUUCGUAG